AUGGAAACUGGGCAAAUUGUGCCGCAUUAUGGAGAAACUCCAAAGCCAAGAGAUCAUAUUAGAAUCGUUUGUAUUUCAGAUACUCACACACAAACGCGAGGCUUACAGAUUCCUGCAGGCGAUAUUUUAGUUCAUUCUGGCGAUUUCUGUAAAAAAGGAGUGUCAUCUGAGGUGCAAGAAUUUAUGCAGUUUCUGCAGAGCCAAAGGCAUCAGUAUAAAAUUGUGGUUUCUGGAAAUCAUGAUUACCCACUAGAUAUAGCUGGAUAUCGAGCUAUUGCUGCAAGAAAAGGAUUAAAAGAUAGGGUGGAUCCAUAUGCUGUUAAAGCAAACUUAGUAUCGAAUUGCAUUUACUUACUCAUUGUAAAUGGUAAGAAAGAUUUUUUUUAUUAGGCAAAAUAAUUAUAGUUCUUAGCGCUUAUUUUUAUAUUAGCUCUCUAAAGUGCCAUUUUUUUAAAAUUAGGGUUUUCUUGUCAAAAAAUUUUUGCUUUAUGAAGCACCGAUAAGCAAAUAAUGCUACGCACUAAAAUUAUAAUGAAUGACAUGUCUAAGAAUUAAAAAACCAGCCCACAAAAGCAUUGGCCAUUUUAAAAAAUUGUUGCACAAUUCCAAAGGGAAAUUUAGAAGAUACAGGAGCCCAAUUAUUUGGAUACUCCUUUUGAGGAUCUCCAUGAACUGCUGAAAGGCAUAAAGGAUCAUUCACUAUUCGAGAUGAACGCGAUCUAGGUUUCAAAUGAUGUGGAUUUCCUGAUAGAGUCGAUAUUUUAAUUACACACAGUCCUCCAUUUAGCCAAAGGGAUAUUAAUUCAGUAAGAAAUGAGCAUUGUGGAUGCAGAUAUCUUGCUGAUACAGUUAAGAGGAUCCAUCCAAAAGUUCACAUAUUUGGCCAUAUCCAUGAAGGCCAUGGCUGAAAUAUUGAAGGUCACACAACAUAUAUAAAUGCUGCAAUUUGUAACAGAAGAUAUUUACCUGUAUUUAGACCUAUAGUUUUCGAUCUCCCUCGCAGGGAGUAA